AUGCAGAAGAGGGUGACAGUAGCAAUGGAGAAGGACACCAUUAACGAAGAUCGAAUCUCCGAAUUACCGGAACAUAUAAGGCAUCACAUCAUCUCUUACCUUUUUUCAAAAGAAGCAGCAGCAACAGCCAUACUCUCGAGAUCAUGGAAGAACUUGUGGCUCACUCUCCCAUGUUUACGUUUAGAAGAAAGUUUCUUCUCCAUAUUUGAGCAUCAGAAUCAGUCCUCUGAUCAUUCUGAAAUAAUAUCUCACCAACAAUUUCUCUUGAAUAAAGUCGAUGACAUAUUUACACGACGGUCCAAGUGCACCAGUAACGGCGAGAUCAUGAUAUUGGAAGAGCUUAAACUCCAUAUCCCAACAUUGAAUCUUACAAACACUACUUACAAAAUCUCAGAAUCGUUGGUUUGCUUAGUCAAUAAACUUAUUCUUCGCGCUCUCAAUGAGUUCCGUGUCAAGAAGCUUAAUUUUUCAAUUGGUAAUUGGAAAGACUAUCAUUAUGAGAGUUUCGAUGGUACAAACUUGCCUAUAUCAUGUUUAACUUCCUGGGAUCAUCAAGUUAUAUUAACCGAGUUGAAACGAGGUGGCCUACAUUGA